AUGCUUGAAGAACAACUGGAAGAAUUGCAACAGAAGAUUGUCGACCAAGGAGUGAGUGUUGACAAAUCCCUUGAAGAGGAUAUUUUACAAAUAAUGAAUGGACAAAAUUUGGAAGCCACUCCACAUAUGAAAUUCUUUUGGCAAGAACAGAUGAAGUUGUUGCAAUCAUCAAGCAGUGGACGGAGAUACCAUCCUCAAAUUAUCUGGUUUGCCUUGUCAGUUCAUGGAAAAUCACCUUCUGCCUAUAGAGAGCUAAGAGAGAGUGGUGCUCUAGUCCUGCCAAGUGAGAGUGUCUUGCAUGAUUAUAAAAACUAUUUCACCUCUAAAGCUGGAAUCAACAAUGAAAAUGUUCACGAAUUAAAAAAGAAAUUUUCAUCCUUCACUAAAAUUCAGCGAUAUAUUGUUCUAGUAAUGGACGAGAUGAAAAUUCAAUCCGGUCUUGUUUUUUGA